CUAGAUAGUUAUCGUUUAAAAAGACUUAACCUCGCCCUGAGAGAAAAAGCCCGGGCUUAUAUUCCUUUCAAGCACAGGAGAGCUAAGAAAAAGAUAGCAUAUGUGCAAUUGACUCAAUUCUCGUUCUACGAACAUUUUUUUCCUUCCUCGGAAACUGGGGGGAAAAGACUUCAGAAAAAACGACACAAUUCCCAGGAAACGAAAGAAAAGCAGAAGCAAACCAUCAGAGCAAAAAAAAAAGAUAACAACAAGUGAAUCAACAUGCCUCAGAAACUCCACUACGUCACUCUGGACGUCUUCGCCAUCGAGCCAUUCAAGGGCAAUCCCCUAGCAGUAGUCUUUCUGCCCCAAGACAACACCUCCAGCAUCACACAAGACAAAAAGCAACUCAUCGCACGAGAAUUCAAUUUCUCAGAAACUAUCUUCGUGCAUCCUCAUGAUAUCUCCACUCCUUCCUCGCGAAGAAUUGACAUCUUCACUACUUUACGCGAGAUCCCUUUUGCCGGCCACCCGACCAUCGGCGCCUCGAGCUGGUUCCAGCGCCAUUCUCAGGAUCCCCAUGACCAGGGCGUGAGAACCAUCGUGACGAAAUCUGGCGAUAUCCCCAUUACUAAAUCGGAUGAUGGAGUGAGUGUGGUAGCGCAGAUUGCGCAUAAUGUUCGCAUUCACGCGGCGCGGUUUCCGUUAUCUGAACUGUUGAGAUUGCAUUCUUCUCUGGAGCCAUUUCUGAAGCAGAAAAGGGAUGGGUUCCCUGUCGUUUCCAUCGUUAAUGGUAUGAGUCAGAUACAUGUCGAACUACCUAGUCUUGAGGCCCUCGCGGCUGUGCAGCCCUCUGCUGGUGGGGAGAUGAUCCGCGGUGAUAGCGGCUAUCUUGACGAUGGAUGGCGCGAGGGAUUGAUUGUCGUUUACUUCUUUGUGCGGAACGUACUGGACGCCGCUACGGGUAAGACGGUCAUUCGAACCCGGAUGUUCCUGGGUAGUCUGGAAGAUCCGGCGACAGGAAGCGCAGCGAGUGGUUUGGCGGCAUAUCUGUCCCUGACAGAUCCUGAAGUUAUCAAGAAUGGUGGAGGGGACUUUGAUAUUGUGCAGGGAGUGGAAAUGGGACGAAGGAGUGAUAUUGGGGUUGGGGUUGCUUUGACUGGAGAUGGGAAGGCUAUCAGGAGUGUAGAGCUGAAGGGUGCAGCAGUCAAGGUUGCAGAAGGUGAUAUUAUGGUUGUAUAGUUGAUGCUUGAUUUUCUCGUAUUAUUACUGCGUUUGUAAUGGAAGCAUAGUUAUCCUCAUUGCCUAUAAAGAAAUAGGAAGGAUUUAGUGCUUUGUCGCGUCAUAAUAUGUACGACACGGGUCAAUAUGGUAUUUAGUGUCUACUGCAUCCUUCAGCUACUAGUUAUCGAAG